AGGUAUUAAUGAUGUGGUCCAAACACAUUUUUAACUUAAAAUUAUCAAAUUUAUUAUUAUAAAAAUACACAAAAUGUAUUAAAAAAAUAUAUUUUAAUUAAUAAAAGUGUUUUAAAGAGCUAAUCAAUAGAAAUAGUUCCUGAAAAUAUCCAGCAUGAUCAGUAAUCGAUGAUCGGUUCGUCCCGUUGAGAGGCGGGUGCGCGGGAGGAAGGGGGGAGUCACCAGAGGAAGAGGAGGAGGAAGAAGAAGAAGAAGUGGGGUGUGCGGAGGGGCGGUGAGGAAGAAAAUAACGGCGCAUCCUCGCGGCUCGGCAGCAUCCCGACCGCGCCGCCGCACUUUCGGGAAAAAGUCCUGCCAAGUUUUCUCCUGAGAGGCCGCCGCGCGCGCGUGCCGCGGCCGAUGGAGCCGCGCGCCUCCGAACUUCGAGCUCCUCCGCGGUACUUUCCCAGGGAGGAGAAGAAGAAGAAGAAGUAGAGAGCGCCGCGCGCCUCGACACGGAGAGGAACCCGCGCGCGCCCCGGACGAAACUUCCCGAACCUCGAGCGAGCACCGGACCAGACGAAGUACGACCGAGAGAUCUCGUCCUCAGACAUGGAGACCUCUCCGCCGAGAUCGGCCGCCAAAAAGGACAAAAUGGACAGCGGCGGAGGCGGCGGCUUCGCCGACCUCCCGAAGAAACCCUCUCCGUCUGAAACUCGAGCUCCUCACCACCUCUUCCCAACCUUCCACACGCCGAUCCCCAUCGACAUGCGCCACCACGAGGGGCGCUACCACUACGAGCCCCACGCCCUGCACCCGAUGCACAGCUCGGCAGGUUUGAGUGGCACUCCCGUCAUCUCAGACCUCUCCCUGAUCCGCCUCUCCCCCGCUGCCAUGGCAACCGGCGACUCCCCCUUCAGCCCGCCGCACCCCUACGUCAGCCCUCAUGUGGAGCACUACCUGCGGUCGGUGCACGGCAGCCCCACCUUGUCCAUGAUCUCCGCCGCCAGAGGACUCAGCCCCGCGGAACUGGCCCACGACCAUUUGAAGGACCGAGGCCUGUUUGGGCUUCCUCCUCCCCCCGCUCCUCCUCCUCCUCCUGGAGCCAGCGCCGCAGAGUAUUACCACCUGAUGGCGAGCCACCGGAGCCCCUACAGUGAGCUGCUCACACAGGGGGCCACAGGGGGGGCCCACCUGUCUGACUACAUCUCCCCGAUUGAUGUGUCGCGCUUCUCCAGCCCCAGGCUGACCCCCAGAAUCAGCAGGAAGCGGGCUCUGUCCAUCUCGCCGCUAUCAGACGCCAGCAUCGACCUCCAGACCAUGAUCCGCACCUCGCCCAACUCCUUGGUGGCCUACAUUAAUAACUCGCGCUCCAGCUCUGCGGCCAGCAGUUCCUACGGACAUCUGUCUGUGGGGGGACUCAGCCCCACCUUCCCCUUCCCUCAUCCCAUUAACCCCAUGGCCUACCAGCAGCUCCUCUCCCAGCAGCGGGGGCUGAGCGCCUUCGGCCACACCCCGCCCCUCAUCCAGCCCCCGGCCACCUUCUCGACGCGACAGGCGAGCCUCAGCCUCUCCUCCGCCAUGCACAACAGCAACCCAACAUCCAAGAAUCCCGGAGGAGACUCGGCCGUCAGCAGUACAGGUGAACCGAUGAUCCACAAAAGGUCAAAGGUGAAGUCGGAAGCAGAAGGACUGAGGCCCUCGUCUCCUCAUUCGCCGAACCACCAAAGCAGCUUGUUGGACCUGAAGGACGACGUGGACAGAGACGAGUACAAGCAGGAGCCCGAGGCGGUCUACGAGACCAACUGUCACUGGGAAGGCUGCAGCAAGGAGUACGACACGCAGGACCAGCUCGUGCACCACAUCAAUAAUGACCACAUCCACGGAGAGAAGAAGGAGUUCGUGUGCCGCUGGGAGGACUGUUCGCGGGAGCAGAAGCCCUUCAAAGCCCAGUACAUGCUGGUGGUUCACAUGCGCCGGCACACCGGGGAGAAGCCACACAAGUGCACGUUCGAGGGAUGUGCCAAGGCAUACUCCCGUCUGGAGAACCUGAAAACUCACCUGCGCUCGCACACAGGAGAGAAGCCGUACGUGUGCGAGCACGAAGGCUGCAACAAAGCCUUCUCCAACGCUUCCGACCGGGCCAAGCACCAGAACCGAACUCACUCCAACGAGAAACCGUACGUUUGUAAGAUCCCCGGCUGCACCAAGCGCUACACGGACCCCAGCUCUCUCAGGAAACACGUGAAAACCGUUCACGGACCCGAGGCCCAUGUCACCAAAAAGCAGCGCAGCGACCUGCCGCCGCGACCGCCGGCCCCCCGGGAGAACGGAGAGAAUGAGAUGAGCGGUCGGGACACGCUCCAGAAAGAAGACAAAGUGUCCGACCACAGCUCCCCCAGAGGCGUGGAGGACUACCUGCACGUCAAGUCCAUCAAGACAGAAAACUCUGUGAUGCAUCAGCCCAGCCCUGGCAGUCAGUCAUCAUGUAGCAGCGAGCCAUCGCCACUUGGCACCAACCAUGACAGUGGAGUAGAGACGGCAGCGCACAGCGGGGGGAGCCUGGGGGAGCUCAGCCCCCUGGACGAUCUGCCGUUCGUGGAGUCGUUGGGGUUGGAGGACUUCGCUGGGGGAGGGGCGGCCACCGUGGGGCUCCACCUCCGGAAGCAGCUCUGCGCGAGCCAGCACCUGCAGCAUCUCAAGAAGGAAACGCUGAAGACGGUGAGAGAGUCCUGUCGGUGGGCCAGCAAGCCAACACCCCCGAUCCUCAACACCAAGCUCCCACCCAUACCGGCAGGCGAGAGUCCAAUUUGGGGUGAUGGUCCAGCUAACUUCCCUGGAUCCGGCUUGGCUGAUCUGAGCUCCGGUAAAGUGACACAGCUUGGACCCGUUUCCGAGCGCCGGGACAGCACUUCCAGCUCUUUGGGCUCGGUCUACACCCUCAGCCGCCGCUCCUCCGGCAUCUCCCAAUGCUUCUCCAGCCGGCGCUCCAGCCAGACGUCGCAGUUUGGCACCAACCGCCCCAGCAACGUCAGCUCGGCGGACUCCUACGACCCCAUCUCCGCGGACAUCUCGCGGCGCUCCAGCCAGACGAGUCACUGCGGGAGGAGCAGCGGUGGACAAGGGGGGUGGGGUGGCGGUCUUCCCAGCCCCCUCAGCCUAACUCCAGCUCAGCACUACAGUCUCAAGGCAAAGUACGCUGCUGCCACCGGGGGAGCACCACCUACCCCUCCUCCAUACAUGGAAUCUCUGAAGUCCCACAGGGCGCUGUACGAGGACUCCUUCACAAACAGGAACUGGGCCUCGAGACAGGACAGCAUCUCUCGAAGCCUGAUGCCCCAUGAAGUCCCAUCCAACAUGCCCCGAAGGGCCAGUGACCCCGUAAGGCGCUUAGAUCCUCUUACUCAGCUGAACAUGCAGCGCUACAACAGUAUGGGUACUCUGAGGGGCGGGACAGCCAUCCAUCCCCAUCCACCAGAAGAACAUCGGCGUACAUCCCUGCAAGGCGGCGUGAGACUGGACAUCGGUUUGCGCCGUUACACCUAUAGCCCACGGCCUCCGAGUAUUUUAGAGAACAUCACUAGUGAAGCGACAACAUCCAACAACAGGGGCGUGGCAGGUCGGUUGGACUUCCAGGGAGCGCCGCCUGUACCGCAACAGGUAGUUCUCCAGAGAAACUGUCAACUGUCCGCCUCAAGCAGGAGUCCAGGUCAACAGAUGAGUCCAUCAUCGCUGCAGGUCAGUUCUACCAGUCCUCACUGGGGACAAGGUCCGGUGGACAACUCUCAGCGCUUCCUCAAAGCUCAGCCCCAAAGUAACCUGGCUGUAGUCCCACAAAACCAAAACUUUGGACCAGGAGUAGACCGCUUCCAACCGUCGUUCAAUCUGAACAAUGAGCCCAGCGCUCAGUACAGGUUUAACGCUGGAUCCUAUGACCACAACGGAAACACCAACUACUCCCCUUGUGUGGCUGCAGGCAGCAUACCGAGAUGCAAACAGGAGCCCCUCCACACAAACUUUACUGGAUUCCAGUCCGCUCGGGUGAAAACGGACAACUGCGAUCCUCCGAAUAUUCAGUGCGAUCAAAGAAACCAUAACACAAUCUCCCACAUCAGCGUCCAGUCCUUCAACCAGAACUGUCUUCAUCCAAGACCACCAACAGAAGCCAAGGCUUUGUCAAGCUCAAAGCUGAUGGACACUUCCAGCUUAACCACGAAUGGAGUUUCAGGACUUCACUGUGUCUCGGACGACAACGCGUUGUACUACACAGGUCAGAUCCAAGUGUUUGAACCCAACGAGAGCGUGGGCUGUCGUGUUUCUCCUGUGGAGAAUAUACCUUCCUUUGAAAACGGUCAAGCAGCUUCUACCUUAACCGACAACCAGGCGCCCGUGACCCCGGCCCUGGAGCACGCUCAGAUUGACUUUGACAGCAUAUUGGACGACGGCGAUCACUCCAGCCUCAUGUCCGGAACUCUGAGUCCGGGACUGCUGCCGAGCUUUUCUCCAGGUUCCUCGCGCCUGACGACGCCGAGGAACUCGGUGGCAUUGCCUCCGGUGCAGUCGGGGACAGGAAAUAUGGCCAUCGGGGACAUGAACUCGCUGCUGACUGCUCUGGCAGAGGAAAGCAAGUUCCUGAACAUGAUUACUUAGAGAAACUGCUUCCAGCCAGCAAACGGGAAGCCUCAUAAGGUUCCGACCCAGGUUUCAUAGUGAAGUUGUGACUUCAAUUCUUUAAAAAAAAAUGACCAUUUUCUAUUUGUCGGAAAGCCAUACUUUCAAUCGCUCUUGUUGUUUUGCAGUUUUACCAAGUGCCUGUCGAGCUACGCUAGUCUGGCACACAUGAAAAUCGGUCCACCAAAUUGUUCCCGCUCAAAGGGACGCUUCUGUUUUUCAUUUACAGCAGUGUUCACAGCCCCUCCCCCACCCACCCCCCUUCAUUCAGCCAUCACUGACUGCAUCACAGCUGCAGAGAUGAACUGUGACGUUUCACCUUCAGACCUGAUCUGUGACUGGAAUCAUGAUCCUCACCGCAAGAGCAGAGGACGUCUUUGUGGAACUCCAGACAUAAAUAAUUAAAAAAGGGAGUUAAGCUGUUUCAUUUUGUAUGAUAUUUGUUGUGUUAGUAAUAUGUAAAUAUUAUUUGUACAUUUUUAAGAAAUACAAUAUGGACAGAUUUUUUUAA